GUACACAAAACUGCGAUGCGACGCGAUGCGAAUUCGCAACGCAGAAAGUUGCGAUACGAAUUGCUGCGAUGCGAUUUCGUGCGGCAAGGCAUCCUCCAGGGUGACCAUUCUUUCGACGACCGUCAACCUUACUGGACGUAUUUUGAUAACUAGAUCGUGACAUGGAUCGUAAAAAGAAGUGUGCACUUUUGUUAUUGCUUUGGAGAUACAGGCAAAAGAAACAAAGAAGAUUUUGGGUUCAUCCAUUUAUUACUAUUAUGAACCCCAAAAGGAACUAUUUUCAUCAAAAAUAUGAAGCUUUGAAAAUGGACGAAAAAAAGUUUUUUGAUUAUUUUAGAAUGAGCAUAUCUUCAUUCGAAGAGCUUUUAAGUUUAUUAUCACCAUGUCUUCUGAAACAAUCGUACAAGGGGAGAGUUCCUGUUAUGCCUCUGGAAAUGAUUGGCCUCACUAUCCGAUUCCUAGCAACCGGAGAUGAACUCAGAAAUAUACAUUUAAAUUAUUAUCGAGGAGUAAGUACAGUUGCUAAGAUAAUACGAUUAGUUUGUAGCGCAAUUUGGAAACAUUGUUUAAAUGCAAACAUACCGAAAAUAACGCAACAGCUGCUUGAAGAAAUUGCUGCAGACUUUGACAAGAAAGCCAACUUCCCUAACUGUAUUGGAGCCGUUGAUGGGAAACAUAUUCGAAUUUGUAGUCCCCCAAACAGUGGAUCACUUUUUUUUAAUUACAAGGGCUACAAUUCAAUAGUUUUGUUGGCUAUUGUUGAUUCGAAAUACCGAUUCAUCUAUGUGGACAUAGGAGCAUAUGGAAAGGAAAGCGACUCCACUAUUUUCCACAACACGAAACUGUACGACUUACUGAUGAGAGGUGAUUUGCCUACACCAACACCGAGGCCGUUACCGGGCUUUCAAGAACCGGUUCCAUUUGUUUUUGUCGGAGACGAAGCUUUUUCUAUUUCGAAUAAUGUCAUGCGCCCUUAUUCGGGCAAGCAUUUGUCUGUUAAACAAAGUGUAUUCAACUACCGUUUGAGUAGGGCAAGAAGAUAUGUCGAGUGUACUUUCGGCAUACUGGCCAAUAAGUGGCGAAUAUUUCACCGGCCCAUUAACGUGUCAUAUGAUUUUGCAAUAGACAUUGUCAAGGCUUGUUGCGUAUUACAUAACUUUGUACUUAACCGUGAUGGAUUAGAAACCCCUGUUGAAAUGGUCAUAGAUGAUUCCGAAUUACUACCACUCCAGCAACGGUUGAAUGUAGGUAGUCAGGUAGUAAGUGCAAAUAUAAUAAGAAACGAAUAUUUGGAUUACUAUGCUAGUGAAGUUGGGGCAUUAACCUGGCAACUACAAAAAAUUUGAGAAUACAAUGUCGCUUGCAUUGUUGCUAGCUUUCUAACCGAAGUAAUAAGUGUAAUAAGUAAAUAGAACAGGUACAAAAGGAUCACAUCGCAAAGACAAAAUGUAUAUGUGGGAUAGCAACAUUAUAACAGAGAGAGAGAGAGAGAGAGAGAGAGAUAGACCAUAUGCAAGGUGAUGUAUGAAAGAAUGAGAUAAACAUUGUUAGAGGAAUGAGAAACGUAAAUAGGGUUAGGUACAGGUGUGAAAGAGAUACAAUUUAAGAUGGCGACAAGAAAUAAAAGACGUUUGUAAAGACGCGUACGAAAUAUUCGAAAAAACGAAGAAAUAAGAAGAAAUUACUUUUAUUCACAAUAGUGGUAUAUGUAUAGAAUAUUUGAUUUGUAGGUAGCUUAAGUAAAAAGAAGUUGCAAUAAAUGUAUUUGUCUACU